AUGCCAGAAAAGAAACUCACCAAACGAGAAAAGAAAGCCGCUGCAUUCCGCAAUCGCAAAAAGGAGAGUGAUGCUCUCUCAGAAGCCAAUGCCGUUCCUGAAUCCGAUGUGAAAGAGGAUCAACCACAAGAAGUAUCCACAACUCAACAAAAGGCUGAUCGAUCUUCGACCAAACGCGCCAAUGACGAUGCUCAACAAGAUAAACCAGCAAAGAAAAAGAGACGUUCACGAGGUGGCAAAGGCAAUAACGAUGGUGGGAAGCGAUUCAUUUUGUUUGUCGGCAACUUGCCCAAGGAUACCACUAGCCAGGAACUGGCUGCCCAUUUUGAAUCGGUUGGAGAGCUGCCUACGGUGCGUUUGAUGACACACAAGGACACCAACGAGCCAAAAGGAUUUGCAUUUGUUGAAUUCAAGGAUAGUGAAACCUUAAAUGCUGCUCUUGCAUUGCAUCGUUCCAAGUUCAAGAAGAAACAAAUCAACGUUGAAUUGACAGCUGGUGGUGGUGGUAAGAGUCAAGCAAGAAAGGAUAAGCUUAAGGAAAAGAAUGAUCGACUACAAAAGGAACGACUAGCAAACAACCGAAAAGGUGCCAACAAGGAACCUGCAUCCUCCUAUGCCAAUCCAGACGAGUAA